AUGGCUAAUCUUCGCCCUUUUGUUGCAUUUCUGUUUGGAUAUCUUUGCUUCACCACCAAUUCAAUCAGCCGCUGCAAUGGAGAGUCCAACGUCAGAUGCAUACAAAGUGAGAGGCUCGCACUUCUCAAGCUCAAGGCAGGCCUCAAAGAUCCUCAUCAUCUUCUCUCCUCAUGGACGGGUGCAUACUGUUGUGAAUGGACAGGAGUGUCCUGCGAUAACAAAACAGGGCAUGUCAUCGCCAUCGACCUUCGAUGCCAGCAUUUAUACGAUGAUCCUUCGACCGACUGGCAUUUGGGAGGUGAGAUUGGUUCUUCCUUACUCGACCUGAAGCACCUGAAGUACUUGGACCUGAGCUCAAACAAUUUCGGCGGACGUAGCAUCCCACAGUAUAUUGGUUCGAUGACUGGAUUGAGAUAUCUUAACCUUUCUAAUGCUGCCUUUAGUGGAAGGAUUCCUCAUCAGCUUGGUAAUCUUUCAAACUUGGAGUACCUUGAUCUCAAUUCGUUCUAUUCUUUGUAUGAUUUAAAUGCUGAUGGUAUUCAAUGGCUCUCUAAUCUCUCUUCUUUGCGGUAUCUCGAUAUGACUUGGGUGACCCUUGCAAAAGCUUCUGACUGGUUUCAUGCAGUCAAUGCGUUGCCUUCUCUCUCAGUUCUUCAUUUGCCUUUUUGUAGGCUUUCAAACAUUCCUGCUGCCAUCUCACAUGUUAAUCUCUCUUCUCUUGCUACCCUUGAUCUUUCCAACAACGAAUUUGAUUCCAGGCUCCCAGAGUGGUUGUUCAAUAUCAGCAGUCUAGUAGAACUCAAUCUUCAGUUCAAUCAUUUCCAUGGUUCAAUUCCUGAUGCCUUUGGUAGUAUGGCUUCUCUUGAGGUCCUUCAGCUAGGAAUCAAUGAUUUUGUAGGGUUAGUACCAUCUACCAUUAAAUACCUCUGUAACUUGAGGAUUUUGGAUCUGUCAUCCAAUAAAAUUGAUGGAGAGAUGAUGGUCUUUCCAGAAAUCUUUUCCGGAUGUGUUAGGGAGAGCUUGGAGGUACUGAAUUUGAGAAGCAACGAAUUGAGAGGAAAAUUGGCAGGUUGGCUGGGGCUGCUAGAAAGAUUAACUAUUCUGGACCUCAGUGAGAACUUACUAUAUGGUCCCAUUCCUGCAUCUAUAGGAGAAUUAUCAGCUCUGAAGACUAUAUUUCUUGACCACAACCAGUUGAAUGGCACACUUCCAGUAAGUAUUGGACAGCUUCAGAAUCUGAAGAAGAUCACUUCGUGA